AUGUUGAAAAUAUCCAUCCCACCCGAUGAUAUUGCGAGAUUGAAAAGUGUUCCGCCCGAGAUAGAUACCUACAGAGAAAUGAAUGUUGAACAAGGGAUACGUCAGACAUUUGGAGAUGAUAUUAUUAAUAAUAGGUAUAAUAUUCAAGUUUUUAUGGGCAAGCGGAUCUCUCGAUAUAACGGAGAAAAAGGGCCGGAACCGUGUAUCACGUCUGUAACUACAGGCAUGGAAAAGAUGAUGAAAAAAAUAGUAGAAAUGGCGUUAACUAAGAAUAAAGCUCAAGUUCAGGAACAGCUUGAUAGAAUCGAAAAUAAGAUCCAAAGUUUGGCCAAUAUAAUUGAAAGUAAAAAAAAACUAGGAAUUCUCACCAAUUAUCUGAUCUAUGUAGCAUGGGAAUCAGAAUAA